AGCUUGUGCGCAUGUCUUCAUAUGUGGAUGGAUGGUUGUGUAGCGGUGCAGCUCUCAUCAUUACAUGCUUGAUGUCCAGCUGGAAGAAGAAGAAGCGAGGAUUUGCAGAAUAUUCGCAUCCAGAGGGCAUCGCGCUUCAGAUCGGAGAUAUCGACAAAUCAGGUGACAUCAUGAGCAAAGUGCAGGGAGGGAUGAAAUGCGUGAAAUAUCUGCUUUUCGUCUUCAACUUCAUCUUUUGGCUGUCAGGCUUGUUGGUGCUGGCUGUGGGACUUUGGCUCAGGUUUGACCCACAAACGGUGGAGCUUUUGACAGGUGACAAAGCCCCCGACACCUUCUUCAUAGCUGUGUACAUCCUUCUUGGUGCAGGAGGGUUAAUGAUGAUCGUCGGGUUCUUUGGUUGUUUCGGGGCUGUACGUGAGUCUCAGUGUCUACUUGCAUCGUUCUUCGCCUGCCUCCUGAUCAUCUUCGGUGCAGAGAUUGCCGCUGGCGUGUUUGGAUUCAUAAACAAGGAACAGAUCGUUGAGGAAGUCCAAAAGUUUUAUAGCAGCUCCAUCACUGACGUCUCUGAUGCGAACGUCACUGCGAUAGCAUUUGUUUAUCACAGAACUCUGAACUGCUGUGGAGGUUCGACACCAGAAACUUCUGCUCCUCUGUGUACAGAAGCUCCAGAGGACACUCAGGACUGUCUGACUGCAAUAACAGACUUCUUUAAUGAAAGGCUGCACAUCAUUGGAUACACUGGGAUUGGUAUUGCAGGAGUAAUGAUCAUCGGAAUGAUCUUCAGUAUGGUCCUGUGUUGUGCCAUCAGGAACAACAGGGAGGUUAUAUAGUAGGUGGUGAGAUGACCUCCCCCACUGCUACCCUGACCAGCAGGCCCACUACAAGCUCACUGAACCCUUCAUAAUCAACCCGUCUUAAUAAGAAGGGAAACACCAAAGUUACAUUUCAAAGCCAUUUCUCAUAGUCCAGACUGAUCUGUUGGGGAGGUUCACUGAAUAGCACAAAAAGAGAAAGAAGUACAACAAAUCCCACGGGCCACAUUCAACACGAUACGCUGGAUUGUCAUCGUCACACCUUCCCCUCGACUCCACCAGCACUGAAACACUAAUUUAUUUCUGUUCUUUUCCAUAACACAUGCUUCUGCUUUUGGCACAACUCUGUGACAUUCCUCUGUUUUUAACGUCCUUUUGUUACACUGCUGGCGCUCCAGAGGCUACAACACAGUACAUGAAGCCUUCUUAGACACAGGAAUGUUGUAACUGAGGAGUAUUUCUGUAAAUAUGGACACCUAUUUUAUGCAUCUGCCGUUAACAUUAUUUAUUCUGUGCCCUCUCUUGCUCUUUUUAUGUCAUUUAUAGGCCUAAUGCCAAUCAUACUUUGUGUGCUUAAAUGUUUUGAGGACUAGCCUGACUGCAGAAUACAUUUCCAUUAUGUGCCUAUUUAGUCACACAGUCAAGCCUCUCAGCUACUCUCCUACUUAUCUAUUCCUUGUGAUUUGAAGAUGUUCAUAAAUACUGUGCUUGUUCCCUGCCACCACUUUCAAGUAUUUAUACUUUAAAGCACAAUAGAGGAAAUGUAGAUAUGAUAUCAACCCAAAGGGUUAGGAAAGGUCUGAUGAUAAACUGCCACUCUGUAAAUCUCUAAAUUCAUCUAAAAGGUCACGAGUAACUCGACGUCCUGAGCUCUUCUGGAGCAUGUGUGAACUGUAACAGUAAGCUAGUUUGCAUUUUGUGUGAAUUAUUGUGGAUGUAAAUUUUGUUGGUGUGCCAAUAAGAUGUGAAUUAUAGAAUAAUAUAGUUUAUGUCACACUGUUAACCAUAAUAAAAAAAUAUCGGGUGCUUUUAUUGAGAUGUUUGACUGGUUUCUGUUUCCUGCCUUUCAAGUGUGUGUGAAUCGCAGGAUUGUUUCUUGUAAAGGUGUCAAAGAGCAGCAGUUUCACUUAUGUAAAUUUUGUGGUUGGUGAGUUUCCUGAACACGUAGGCUCUGUGCAGGCUCGACAACAAGAUAUGGCAGACGUGCAAAGUAGCAACACAAUGCUGCACCACCAGUGCAUAUGCAAAAAACUAAAUUUUGUUAUGUGACACUCAAGAUGAGGCGAACUUACAGACACACUGAGCAACUACAUCUGCUGUCUGUCAGCAUAUGUAAAUAUCUAAACUGAGUUUAUGUGGACAAGCACAUUA